AUGGACAAAUUUCUUGUCCGGCGAGCACGCCCGUCUUCUUCCACGCCGUCCUCGCGAGAUCGUGAGCGAUCGGACGAGAAGCGUGUGAAAAGGACGAAACUUGAGAACGACGACACUUCUGCCGACAGUGGAAAUGAACAUGUUCUUCUUGACUACCUCAAAUGCGAAGAAGAAGAAGACGAUGCUGCUGACAGUGGCAGAGAUCUUGAGCUCGUCGCCGGUAGUUGCGAAGCCGUCCCCUUUGAAGAGCCGCUGGCUGCCAUUGAGGCGACCGACGAGGUGAUUGACGACUCGUAUGGUGCGACAGACGGCGCCGCGACUGAUGGUCCGACUCUCUACCGGAGUUCCAUCUAUGUUGACGCUUUCAACAUUGCCCUCGACACCGUCCUCGAGCAGGAGGAGCACCUCUUUAAUGAGAAGGAGAAGGCCGUCUUUUCAGCCUGGCGCAGCCUCGACUAUGAGGCUCAGUACCUAUAUGUCCGUCUCUUCCUGAGAAAAGAGGCCGCUUGGCACAGGACGCAGCGUCUCAGCUACCGCUCCAACAUUGGAGAUUUGCAGGCGGCAAUUGAGACACUGCAAAAAGAGCAUCAACUGCCGCUGUGUGAGGACGAUGUCCGAAAAUCACCACUCUCUAAAACUGUCCCCCAAGACUGGGCCUUGGGCGACACCUUUGUGUUUGCCCAGAUGUUCGACAAUAUUGACACGACCGUCGAAGAGGCCGUCUCACUCUUGUCACUCGACGAGCUCAAGACCCUGGCAAAACAAAUGAAGGCUAUUGGCAAGACAAAAACAGAGCUACAGGCAGCCAUCAUACACAUGGCAACAAGGCAGCGGACACUCAUGUCGGCCGGUCUCCGCCGCCACUCGACCGCCGAUUCCGCACCAGGGACGCCGGCGACACCUGGAACACCAGUACCGGAGCGUCGACGAGACAGCACGGCUUCGUCCGAUCGCGGUGAGCAGCUCAUCGAGAAAGUAGCGGCCAUAACCGGCCCGUGCAUUCGCAUCUGCCCAUCUGUGUUCAGACUGUUUGAGCGCGUGCACUUGGUUUUUUAUCGGACAACGGAGUGGACCGAAAAGUCGCUCACAACCAUCGUCCUCGCCAAGAUGUCCAAACGCAAUUUUCCCGACUACAUCGUCUCGCGAACCGCAAACAUUUUCGAGUCCCGCCAGCAGCUGCUCGAUUUCGAGGAGGCUUUGCGGCUCGAGCACCGAGUCGAUCACAUUCUCAACGUUGACGGCAAAGAAGACGGCUUUCGGGACGUUGUGUCUCUGUUCCACAGCAUCGCCGACCAUUGGCGCGCCCUCCUCAAAGACGAGAAACGUCGACAAGACGAAACAGACAUCGGCGGUUCUGGCGACGAGAGCUACCUCCGGCGCUUCAAAGCCGCACACGUUUUUACUCGCAUCGCCCACUACGCAGCCCAUUGCUUUGGUCGACUGCAUGAGUAUGUGGACGAGUAUGCACUCAUCCAAGAGCUUCUUGACCAGCGACUACUGCAUCUCGCACGCCGAGGCUCGUGGUAUCAACGAAAGGCUCUGUUGGAGGAACGCUACAUGGCUACGGCCGCUUCCAAUCCCAAGUACAAGGACGAAGAUCAGCAAAAGAAGUAUUGGUGGCGGAAAGCGCUCGAAACAUGCGAGCAAGCGCUGCAGGACCGUGACUGUCACCUCAUCUACCACUUUGAUUUGCAGAAGCGGACGCUCAAGCUGGAAAAACGGCUCCGGAUCCCUCGGCGGCUUCAGCACGACUUUGGCCACGCACGCCUUCUUGCGCCCGAAGAGCAUUUUGUGGAGGGUGUGCAAAUCAAACGAGACGAAGGCGUGCUACCACACCUCACAAGAAAACCCAACUCUGGCAGCAACCCGGAUGGCACCGUCAGCGUCAGCAGUGUUGGGUUUGGUGGUGGAAUGAGUACAAAGACUGUCUGGGUCGACGAGCAGGAGGCCGAAUCCAAGGGCGACGGCGCCGCUGCAGAAUGCUCUGUCGAAGAAAUGUGCCUCAACGAAUACCGCAAGCAGGGCUGGAAGGGCUACCAUUCUGAGGGCGGCAUCGUACGAACCCUCUUUGCGUACCUGUUCUACGAUAUUUUGUUCUUGUUUAUCCCCAAUGUCUUCCAGACGCCGUACCAGGCGUGCCCCCUCGACCUCCACACCGACACUUUCUACCCAUCGCGGGCCUCGGAAAUCAACCGCCGGCUCGCCGAGAUUGCCAAUGGCGAGGCGCCACGCAUUGUGCGUGAGGUGCAUGCCGCACACUUUGAGCGCCGUACGUGCAUUGUGGGACUCCAGUGGGACUUCCCACUCGAGGAUGUGGUCGAGCUAACCCAGGGCUUCCGCGGCGACGCCCUCGCCCUCGUGUGCAAGGUACUCGCACAAGAGUACCGCCAGCGAGGCGGCGGUCUGCCAGACCUAUUGCUUUGGCGCACGGAGCCUACGCCGGAAGUCCUGUUUUCUGAAGUAAAGAGCGCCAAUGACCGUCUCAGCGACACCCAGCGCAUGUGGAUUCAUGUUCUGGCGGGGGCUGGCGUGCGUGUCGCUGUCUGUCAUGCGAUAGCCAAGCAGGUUCGAGUCAAGUCAUAA